UUGAGUAGUAACUAAUAAGAAGAAAGAAAAAAGCAAAAACCAUGGACCAUGGUUGCUGCAGCAGUAUCAGCAUCAGUGGUGUGUUGUUGUGAAUUGUGAUUGUGAUUGUGAUGGGUGGUUUCAUUGAAAGGUUGUUUAUGAAGGAGUAGAAAAAGAGGUUCCUUUUUUGGGUGGUUUAUGUUUAAAAACGUAGAGAGUGGUGCAGCAUUAAUGGCUUCCUUAGAAGAAAAGGUUAAAACUUGUGGUGUUGGUGUUGUUGGGGGUCAAACUCUAGUUGCUGAGAUGAAGCUCCUCAAGGAAAUGCAAGAGCACUCUGGGGUGAGAAAGACUUUGAAUUCAGAACUGUGGCAUGCUUGUGCUGGCCCUCUUGUCUCUUUGCCUCAAGUGGGAAGUCUUGUUUAUUACUUUCCCCAGGGACAUAGUGAGCAGGUGGCAGCUUCCACCAGAAGAACAGCAACAUCUCAGAUUCCAAACUAUCCAAACCUUCCAUCUCAGUUGCUCUGCCAAGUUCAAAAUGUCACACUUCAUGCAGACAAAGAUACAGAUGAAAUCUAUGCUCAAAUGAGUCUCCAGCCCUUGAAUUCGGAGAAAGAUGUGUUUCCUAUAUCUGAUUUUGGCCUAAAGCACAGCAAGCAUCCAACUGAGUUUUUCUGCAAAACUUUGACUGCAAGUGACACCAGCACACACGGCGGUUUCUCAGUUCCACGGAGGGCGGCAGAAAAGCUCUUUCCUCCACUGGACUACACAAUUCAGCCUCCAACACAAGAACUAGUUGUCCGUGAUUUGCAUGACAAUACUUGGAUAUUUUGACAUAUAUACCGGGGUCAGCCCAAGAGACACCUUUUAACAACAGGAUGGAGUUUAUUUGUCGGAUCAAAAAGGCUUAGAGCAGGGGAUUCUGUUCUAUUUAUCAGGGAUGAGAAAUCGCAACUGCGAGUUGGUGUUAGGCGUGUUAAUCGCCAACAAACAACAUUGCCAUCAUCAGUUCUUUCUGCUGAUAGCAUGCACAUUGGUGUGCUUGCUGCUGCAGCUCACGCGGCUUCUAACCGAAUUCCUUUCACUAUUUUCUAUAAUCCAAGGGCAUGCCCUUCAGAAUUUGUUAUUCCACUUGCUAAGUACCGAAAAUCUGUAUAUGGGACACAACUCUCAGUUGGCAUGAGAUUUGGUAUGAUGUUUGAGACAGAAGAAUCCGGUAAGCGCAGGUAUAUGGGUACAAUAGUUGGUAUCAGUGACUUGGAUCCUUUGAGAUGGCCUGGUUCUAAGUGGCGAAAUAUUCAGGUGGAGUGGGAUGAACCAGGAUGUGGUGACAAGCAGAAUAGAGUUAGUGUAUGGGAAAUUGAGACUCCUGAAAGCCUUUUUAUAUUUCCUUCUUUAACUUCGAGUCUAAAACGGCCAUUACAGUCUGGAUUUUUGGAAAACGACUGGGGAGCUUUGAUACGAAGACCAUAUAUAAGAGUUCCUGAAAACGGUGCAACGGAGCUGGCGAAUUCAAUGCCAAAUAUCUACUCUGAACACCUGAUGAAAAUGCUUUUGAAGCCACAACUUAUUAACAAUAAUGGAGCCAUGGCCAUGCAACAAGAAUCUGUUGCUAUGAGAGUUAUUGAUAAGCCGAAGCUCGAACCUGAGGUAUUAAAUGAUCAAAUGUAUGAGAUUCCAUCUGCAGGAACAGGAACCAACAUUGAAAAAGUGGCCUCAAAUCCUGCUAACUCUCAAAGUGUUGCGAACCAAUUGGCAUUCCUUAAUCAAAACCAGAGUCAGUCACUUGCGCAAUCCGGUUCAUGGCCUAUACAACCUCAGUUAGAAUCAUCGGUAUCCCAUCCUCAACUUGUUGACAUGCCUCAAGGUGAUUCUGCAAUUGCAAACAGCAUGCUUCCUCAGCUAGACAUUGAUGAAUGGAUGGUGUAUUCUUCUAACCAAACUUUUGCUAACCAAAACCGAUCAACUGGGCCGGUAUCAGAUUUUCAAGAGCAUUCUGCCGCACUUCAACCUCAAGUAGUGAAUCCUCCCAUGCCAAUGAACCAAGAAGUGUGGGAUCAAUAUGUCAAGAAUUUUAAGCUUUUGUCUCAAGUAGACCAGCUGACAUCUGUCUGUCAGCCGGGGAUGUACAGCCUCAACGGUAUAUCGAGUUCAAACAAUUUGAGGGAUCUUUCAGCAGAGAGCAAUAAUCAAAGUGAAAUUUGUGUCGAUGUUAGUAAUAGUGUAAAUACAACCAUGGUUGAUCCUUCAACUUCAAGCACCAUUUUGGAUGAGUAUUGCACUCUGAAGGAGAGGGAUUUCCAGAAUCCACAAGAUUGCAUCGUCGGCAACUUAAGUUCUAGCCAGGAUGUCCAGUCUCAGAUAACCUCUGCAAGUCUAACUGAGUCACAUGCCUUUCCUCUGCAAGACAACUCAGGUGGUACAUCUUCAAGUCAUGUUGAUUUUGAUGAAAGCAGCUUUCUGCAGAAUAACUCAUGGCAACCAGUUGCUGCGCCCGUGCGAACCUACACUAAGGUGCAAAAGGCAGGAUCUGUAGGAAGAUCAAUUGAUGUCACAACUUUCAAGAACUACGAAGAGCUGAUCCGCGCGAUUGAAUGCAUGUUUGGACUAGAUGGUCUGCUGAAUGACACCAAAGGUUCCGGCUGGAAACUGGUGUAUGUGGAUUAUGAGAGUGAUGUUCUUCUUGUUGGGGAUGAUCCUUGGGAGGAAUUUGUCGGCUGCGUUCGAUGCAUCAGAAUCUUAUCGCCUUCAGAAGUUCAACAGAUGAGUGAAGAGGGAAUGAAGCUUCUCAACAGUGGAGCCUUGCAAGGGAUCAAUGUUUGAAUAUUAGGUAGUGGCCUAUAUAUAAUAUCACUUAAGCCAUUCUUUGCAAUUUCAUUGCAACACUGGCAUCAAAGUGUUUUUUCUAAUUCAAGAAAAUAUCUCAAAAGUAAAGUUAUUUGUUGUAGAAUUCCUAUGUAUCAACCUUGUAAUGACACAAAGGUUCUAUGUAAUGUAUGAACUAAGUGACACUUUUGGCAAAGAAUGGAGUAUUAGGUGUAUGGAAAAAACUUGAAGACAAGGUUGGUCUGAGUUUUAAGAAAGGUCACAGGCUAGAAUGUUCCAAUGAGCCAAAGAUUACAUACUUAAUGUCAUGUUGGGUGAGACAUUCUUGCAAGCAAGUGGAAAUAUUAUGCUUUAUUUGCUUAUAGC